GAAGGUAUGUUCCAAAUACUUGACAAAUUCCGUGCAGGUGUCAGUCGGCACCUAUGUGGAUGUCCUACCCAACGAAGGCGUGGGCCACCAGUUGAGAUAUGAGGUAUGAGAUGUGAUCAAUACGGCAAAUGCAGGUCCCUGGAAUAAUCAACAGGCCCAGCACAAUGGGAUACUUUGCGCAAAGCACUGCGCAUUGACUGUUUCACAUUUGCAUAGGGCGAGCGGUAUCUUAGCCGAGGGCCGAGGCAGGCAUCGAUCGAUAGAGUUGAGAUAUACGACGUGAGAUAUGUAGUCUGUACUCGAUCGAUCAGAGUUGUUCGGCCUGAUCAGAGUGGUGAAGGAAGGAGAAAAGUGGGAGGAGGAGGAGGCUGUAAGAAGGACUUUGAUGUGCUUUGACGCCUGCCUCGUCAAACUCAUCAAAUGGCGCUCCGACCCAUGAUGACGUGACCCUUUCACUGCCCAGUGCCGGAGUGGAUCCAUCCCUCCCUAAGCACAUCGCGCGUGAGCUGGCACUGGCACUGGCGCCUUUGUCCAGUGACUCGACAGACGCGGCGCCUACCAGAGGCAUGGCUGGCAGCAUCUCCUUCACCACUUCCUAGACUGCGCAGCGUGGAAGACUUUGCCAUGGCACGAGCAGCAUAGCAUUGACGGCCUGCCGCGGCAUCGACCUCUCCCGCAUUCCACCCUCCCAGGCAUCCAUAUCAACAUGCCAUCCUCCUCGAGCCAGCCAUCGAGCCAUCGCGGCCACGAGAACGGCGGCGCUACUAUCGACAAGCUUGAAUACCAUCCUGGCGGGAAACCUCUGCUGCACCCUGACGAGAGUCAAGGCGAGAGCAGUGGGCGGCAAAGUGAAGACAGGAGCUAUGCUGGGAGCUUCUUCUCAGAUGUCGCCGAGGGCAUAGCGGACAACGAUAGAGAGCAGUUCAAGAGAGAGUUCGUGCGCUACGGCAGCUUUGCCUGGGCAUUGAUUAACACAUUGGGUGCCGGCAGCAUCACGGCAUACUCAUUAUAUGCGCCACUCUUCCAGCAUCGCCUCCACUACAGCCAGCUACAGGUCAAUGGCGUGUCCAUCACUGCUGAGAUCGCCAUGUAUUUGCCUGUUCCACUUUGGGGCAUGAUGUGUGAUCGCUUCGGCCCUGGUAUGCCCUCUUUUCUCGCAGGCACCUUUUUCGGCUUCGGGUACCUGUUGGCCGCUUUCACCUACAAAAGUGGUCCACCUCCAGCGCUAGGCGGUUCUGGCUACCCAUACUGGGUCAUGGUUCUCGCUUUCAUUUUCAUCGGUCUCGGCACAUCUUGCAUGUACCUCUCCGCUGUCACGACUUGCGCCAAGAACUUCGGGCGAGGAAAGUACAAGGGUAUCGCACUCGCAUUGCCCAUCGCAUGCUUUGGCUUGAGUGGUAUGUGGCAGGCGCAAGUCGGCAGUCACCUGCUAUACGAGACCAAGGCGGACGGCAGCAAGGGCGAUGUCGAUGUGCACCGUUUCUUCCUUUUUCUCGGCAUUCUUCUGCUAGCUACCGGCAUCAUUGGCUGUUUCACUCUUCGAAUCGUGGACGAGGGAACCCUGAUAGAAGAGGCUGUGGAUGAGCUGGAGCAGAGCGGGUACCUCGAGGAGAGUCAAUUCUUUCAUCGACUACUGCAAGAAAGGGAAGAGCAAGUUGGCUAUGGUACACUGUCUGAUUCUGAGAUGCUGGACAUUCGCCGCAAAGCAGAGGAAGAGACGGAGAGGAAGCUCGAGGCGCAGCGGAUGAAGACGUGGCUCCUCAAUGCUGAGACUCGUCGUUUUCUCACUGAUAAGACAAUGUGGUUUCUUGCAGCUGGCUUCUUGCUCGUCACAGGGCCUGGAGAGGCAUUCAUCAACAAUCUUGGGACCAUUAUUGACACACUGUAUACUCCUGGGACAGAACCCAAGGAAGGCAACCCUACAUCAGCCGCUACGCAUGUCUCGAUUGUGGCUGUCACCAGCACCAUCGCCCGUAUCCUGACAGGCACUUUGACGGAUGUCCUUGCACCUACCUCCGUACCUCACCAGCACUGCCGUGGCCCGAACUCUAUGGUAAACAGCAUUGCUUCCCUCCCGUCGUUACCAGGCGAGAAGAAGAGGCUGGAGAUUUCCCGUGUUACCUUCAUCAUGGCUUUUUGCAUCUUAAUGUCUAUCGGCCAAAUCAUUCUCGCAUCUGGCGUAGUCCAGCAGCAUGCCGAGCGCUUCUGGCUCGUCUCAGCAUCGAUCGGAGCAGGCUAUGGAGCAGCUUUCAGCUUGACACCAAUCAUAAUCAGUGUGAUUUGGGGCGUCGAAAAUUUUGGGACGAACUGGGGCAUUUGUGCAAUGAUGCCGGCCAUAGGUGCGACGAUCUGGGGACUGGUUUACUCUGGUGUCUACCAGUGGGGAGCAAAUUUGGGAGAUGCUCAAGGGAAAGAUGUGGUUCGAGACAAGCUUUGUUAUGGCAUCCUAUGCUAUGCGCCAACUUUCUGGGCAAUGGCUGUAUGUGUUUGGAUAGCAUGUGGGUUGUGGUUGUAUGCAUGGCGAGGACCUGGUGGGUGGAGGCAAAGAUCAAUUGCUGUAUGAAGGGAUUCAUAGUCCUGAGAUAUCAAAUGAAGCCCAGCCAAGCUUGUAUACGAGAGU